UGACUACCAUAAACAGUUUUUUUUGUGAUGAUUUUUACUUGAUCUAUUUUUACUACUAACAAUUUUACUAAAGCAAUAACUACAAUUUCUACAGUCAACCCCUACUCCUGAAAGAACAUUUUCUGAAUUUGCCAGAACAAAAACAUAUUUUUUAUCAUUUUCCCUAGACUAAGAUUAUUCCGUAAAUUCUACAUCAACCAUAAUCACACUCACAUCCAGAUAUUACUAGCAUAAUUUAAGUAGGCUACUUGAAUAUUAUAAUUGAAUAAUAUUUAAUAUUAAUGGACAAGGCUGGACAAAAAGGCUAGAAAAUGGUGUAUCAUGAUAUCAAAGCAGUAAAAGAUAAUUGGUCUGCGCGUUCAUGUAUAAACAUUACGUUUUACAUGUAUUCAUUUACCAGACUUUUAUCCAAAACGACUUUUAUAACUAUAGUCAUGCGUAUGGUUUAAUUAAAUUCCAAAGUGUUGUUGAUGAAAACAUAAAUGUUCGUUCAUGUUUGGCUCUUACACAUUUUCUGGUCUCCGCAUGUUUUUGUUCAGUCAUUUUCUAUACUGCUGCUGAGUCAAACGCAUUCUGAGAUUAUUCAGUAGUCGUGACCGCGCACAAGAGGGGGAGGACCGGAAUAUAACCGAUCAAAAAUCGGUACCGUUAUCACACAAGUGUGAAUCAUCGCUGUCACGAAGCCCACUUCAGCCGUGACAAUUGAGAAGGCGCUGACUCAUGAAGAGCUCCCUGAAAGCCCGAACAAAUGACGCGCCGCCAGCUGGCACUAAAGUGACACCUGCCGGUUCAAAUGUGUCAUUACAUGUUGCCACAAGUUGCACGCUGAGGUUUGUUUUGGUAUCUUCUGGCAUAGAUUUGUUGUUUUAUACUGACGUAAUCGCCUUCUUCAUCACACUAAUCACACUUGCAGAAACCUUUUUUCAUUUUUAAAUAAGCAUCAUUUAGUACUAUUCUUAAUAAAUUUAACCCAAAUGAAGGUGAUCUCAGGUUUUACUAUUGUGUGGACAUAUUGGGGUUUCAUGAUUUAUGGGAAUUUCCUUACCAAUAAUGACUUAUAAUGUACAUAAUGUAUAAUUUGUCCCUUUUCCGUCACCCUACCCCAAAACACAAACCUCCUUUACGCAAAGAAAAUAUAUUUACCUAUGAAUGAACUAUUAAAUAUAUUAAAUAAUUUAAAAUAUAUUAAAAUAUGUUGCGUAAUAAAUAAGGAAUAGCUGCUUAAGCACUUAAUUAAAAUAUAUGGAAACAUGUUGUUUAAUAUGUUGCCUUUUAUUUUCCAGUAUAUUCCAAUAUUUUUGCUUCUUAAGGGCUUAAAGAGUUUUAUAUAAAAAAACAUUGGGUCCCCACAAUGUAGGGUUAACCAAAAAUACCCCACACACACAGAAAGAGAGCAAGCACAAGACACGACACCAGAUACAACAUGAUGGAAACUAAAAGAAGGUCAAAACACACGGCUUCUCGGUAACCGGCCGAUGUAAUGACACUCUGUUUAACACAUUUUAUCUACGGUGUCCAACAACGUUUGAAGAAAACCAACUGCUAUUGUAUAAGGGCUCGAGUCAAAAGUUCAAUUGCGCAAAUGCAUUUUUUCCUAGCAGUGGUUUUGUUUGUUGGUUUAAAAAAAUAAAUCUUGAAAUAAUCAUUUUUGCGAAUUCAAUGCACUUGUGCAUCGCUCCUAUGGUGAACACAAUAAAAUGGUGUACAUUAGGGUAAAUGUAGAUCUCAAUUGUGGUGUGCCAUUGACGAACAGCCCGAAGACUGGUGACCUUUUCAUGCUUCGUGUUCCUCGGUGACCCCUGCAGUGUAACAAGAGCUCAGAAGCUGAGACAGUCCAGCAUUACCUGAUCCACACGACAAAACGCUGCCGCACACCUGCUCAGGUGUCGGUUUGUGCUGGAGAGCAGGUGUGGCAGGAGAACAGAAACAAGAUCACUCAGAAGAACAGUUCACUUGCUCUCCAUAGCCAAGCAUCAACCGUGGGAAGAUACUGGAUUCAUAAACGUCAAAGCGUUUGGUCUAAUUUAUCCGGGAUGGAGAGAAGAUGAGAGCAGAGUUAUGGCUUCUUCUCAGACAGCAGGAGAGACAGAGCCGACAGCUUCACAUGGAGGUGAAACGGAACCGGCGGUGGACAGAGCUGAGUCCGGUGUCCUUGAGGUGGUCUCUGUUACAGAGGAGGACCUUCCUGUCGUCGAGACCCCCACCACGUUCAACGUGAGUUCUUUCAGCAGCCAACACAGCCGUUCCAUUCCCUUCUAUGACCCGGAGACGCGGGACCCCCACGUGCCCGUCGAGUUGCCCGCCGAGACGUCCGCCCCACUGCCUGUGUAUAAAACAUAUAACGUCCAGAUCCCACCAAGCCCAGGUGUGCCCAUCAUCAAGGUCCAACCCUUCCUUGCUGGAGGGGAACUGUCAGGCUUUAAAUCUCUGUGUUGGCCGUACGUGUCUCGCAGGUUGCUGGCGCUGCUCAUUACCUUGGGUUUGUUGAUAGUGCUGACUCUGGUUCUAGGAAUCGGUUUGGGAGUGGGUCUGCGGAAGUGUUCGGGAAAGUUUCGCUGUGCGGUGCGGUGUAUCAGCAGAACGGCUGUGUGUGACGGGGUUGAUGACUGUGGGGAUGGGGAAGAUGAGCUCAACUGUGUGCGUGUAAGUGGCAGGAGCUCUGUGCUGCAGGUGUACAGUAGGGGCUUAUGGAGGACUGUUUGUUUUGAGGGCUGGGAUUCAAAUCUGGGUUCUUCAGCCUGCAGACAACUGGGAUACAACAGUUACGUAAGCUCGAAGUCCAUUCCCAUCACCUCCAUUGAAGAUAUCUUCCAGAAAAACCUAGUGGCUCUUAAUAUUAGCCAUCCAGCCCUUCCAGAAACCUUUAAGAUCCACAACUCUUCCUACCUCAGAAAAACUCGAUGCAGUUCUGGCAAAGUAGCUGUUCUUAAAUGUAUAGACUGCGGCACCAGGCCAGCGGUCAGGAGUCGUAUUGUAGGGGGCAAUGUUUUGAGCCCUGGUCAGGUACCAUGGCAGGUCAGCUUAUAUUACCAAAACCAGCAUUUCUGUGGAGGGUCAGUCAUUAGUGACCAGUGGAUAGUCACCGCUGCUCACUGCGUCUACGGUUUUGCUCAGCCGGUGUUAUGGGCAGUGCAUGCUGGGAUAUCAGAUCAUCCAAUGAGUGGAUCAGGAGCCGUCUCUGUGGAGAAAAUUAUCUACCAUGCCAACUACAAGCGAGAAGGACUCGGUUACGAUAUUGCGUUGAUCAAGCUACAGCAGCUUCUGACUUUUAACGAUCAGCUGGCUCCCAUCUGUUUGCCCACUCACGGCGAGACCUUUGAGACGGGACAGAUGUGUCUGAUAUCAGGCUGGGGAGCCACAACGGAUGGCGGAGAGAGCAGUACCUCCCUUCAGAGCGCACAGGUGCCCUUACUCUCCAGCAGACAGUGCCGCAGGCCGGGUCGCACCUCAUGGAACAUCUGCGCAGGAUUCCUGCAGGGCGGCGCUGGUGGAUGUCAGGGGGACAGCGGAGGGCCGCUGGCUUGCCGCGGGUCAGUGUGGACGCUGGUGGGGGCAGCCAGCUUGGCUCAGAACUGUGGACAGAAAAACAAACCGGGCGUUUACACAAGCAUAACUCAAAGUCUCACGUGGAUACAUCAACAAAUGGAGAAAGAAGAGGAUCGAUGAGGUUCAAGAACAUCUGGCACGACUCGGCACCCAAACGUGGCCUUAACAUUAUGUCAAAUAACGUCAAUGGCCAGAGAGAGUGGCAAAUUAGAGUCAAGAACUGAAAUGCAUAAUCAUGUAUUUUAUAAUGUAAGCUUGUUAUUUAGGUGGAAACCACCUUUGAGUUUCAUACUGAAUGAGAAAAUGUUCUACAGAAUGUUAUAAUUAUGAUGUUAUGAUUUUAACACUUUAAUAUUUAUUGCACAUGAAUCAUUUUGAAAUGUUAUUUUAUUACACACCCAUCACUAGUUCUGUGUAAGUUUUGUAUUUAAGGCCAAGCAUUAUACACACAACGAUUAGAUAAAGUGAUUAACAUGAUUCUUGUUAUACUUCAUUGACAUUCUUUGAUUUGUAUUCAAUUCAAAGAAAGUAAAUUAUUAACUGACGUUACAAAGUAUCACAAAAGAGUAAUGCGAUGUGAAAGAUAAUCCUAAUAAACUUGGCCAAAAAACGUUUGUUUACGUAUUUUAUCAUCUACAUUACAAUUUCCAUCUUUAAGAUGACUUUACUGAAUCAAUGAAGGUUAAACUAAAACUAACCUCUGAUGUCAU